GGCCGCCGGCGAGGCAACUUCGCGUGCGCCCGAGGCGGCCGGACCCGUCCCGCGCCGCGCCCGCGAGCCAUGGACGCGCUGGCCCGGCUGCUGCCCGCGCUCCUGCUGCUCUGCGCGCGGCGGCCCCGCGGCACCAGAGCGAUGAAUGACAUUGGUGACUACGUGGGCUCCAAUCUGGAGAUAUCCUGGCUCCCCAACCUGGACGGCUUGAUGGCCGGCUAUGCCCGUAACUUCAGGCCUGGCAUUGGAGGCCCCCCUGUGAACGUGGCCCUGGCCCUGGAGGUGGCCAGCAUCGACCACAUCUCGGAGGCAAACAUGGAGUACACCAUGACCGUGUUUCUGCACCAGAGCUGGCGGGACAGCAGACUGUCCUACAACCACACCAACGAGACGCUGGGCCUGGACAGCCGCUUCGUGGACAAGCUCUGGCUCCCCGACACCUUCAUCGUGAACGCCAAGUCCGCCUGGUUCCACGACGUGACCGUGGAGAACAAGCUCAUCCGGCUGCAGCCGGACGGCGUGAUCCUGUACAGCAUCCGGAUCACCUCCACAGUGGCCUGCGACAUGGACCUGGCCAAGUACCCCAUGGACAAGCAGGAGUGCAUGCUGGACCUGGAGAGCUACGGCUACUCCUCUGAGGACAUCGUGUACUACUGGUCGGAGAGCCAGGAGCACAUCCACGGGCUGGAUAGGCUGCAGCUGGCUCAGUUCACCAUCACCAGCUACCGCUUCACCACCGAGCUGAUGAACUUCAAGUCGGCCGGCCAGUUCCCUCGGCUCAGCCUGCACUUCCACCUGCGGAGGAACCGGGGCGUCUACAUCAUCCAGUCGUACAUGCCCUCCAUACUCCUGGUCGCCAUGUCCUGGGUCUCCUUCUGGAUCAGCCAGGCCGCGGUGCCUGCCAGGGUGUCUCUGGGCAUCACCACGGUGCUGACGAUGACCACGCUCAUGGUCAGUGCUCGCUCCUCCCUGCCCCGGGCGUCGGCCAUCAAGGCGCUGGACGUGUACUUCUGGAUCUGCUACGUCUUCGUGUUCGCUGCCCUGGUGGAGUACGCCUUUGCACACUUCAAUGCCGACUACAGGAAGAAGCAGAAGGCCAAAGUCAAGGUCACAAAGCCGAGGGCGGAGAUGGACGUGCGGAACGCCAUCGUCCUCUUCUCCCUCUCCGCCGCUGGCGUCACCCAGGAACUGGCCGUCACCCGCCGGCAGUGCCGUGUGCCCGGGAACCUCAUGGGCUCCUACAGGUCGGUGGAGGUGGAGACAGGCGAGACCAAGGAGGGGGGAGCCCGCUCGGGCCAGGGCGGCAUCUGCGCACGGUUCAGGCCCAUCGACGCGGACACCAUCGACAUCUACUCCCGCGUCGUGUUCCCUGCGGCGUUUGUGGCCGUCAAUGUCAUCUACUGGGCGGCGUACACCAUGUGAGGGCGUCUCACCUCCUUGGCGGUCCUGCUGCCGGGAGGUGCGCCAGGAACUCCUGGAGGAAGGACCCUGGGAUCGGCCUGCCCUCUGCGAGCUUCAAGGUGACGACGACUGGCCCCGUGAAACAGGAGGAAGCCUUGGCCCUGAGCCGGGCCCCCAGCCUUGCCCAGAGACCAGCCUGGGGUCCUGCGCAGGCACAGGAGGCCGGGUGCCGGCAGAGCGGCAGAGCCAGGCCCGGCGCCGGCCCUUGGGGAGUUGUGAAUUCCUA